AUGGUAAGAGCGAGAGCGAGAGCGAGGGCCACGGUCCGGGCGCUGGAGACGUUCGCGAACGUGACCCGAGAACCCCGGCCGCGCGGCUCUGUCAGAACUCGGGGCUCCACGCGCCUCCGGGAGCGGGUGCCCGACGCGCAGAAAAAAGGACUGAGUGCAGAAGAAAAGAGAACUCGUAUGAUGGAAAUAUUUUUUGAGACAAAAGAUGUGUUUCAAUUAAAAGACUUGGAGAAGAUUGCUCCCAAAGAGAAAGGCAUUACUGCUAUGUCUGUAAAAGAAGUCCUUCAAAGUUUAGUUGAUGAUGGGAUGGUUGACUGUGAGAGGAUUGGAACUUCCAACUAUUAUUGGGCUUUUCCAAGUAAAGCCCUUCAUGCAAGAAAGCGUAAGUUGGAGGUUCUAGAAUCUCAGCUGGCUGAGGGAAGUCAAAAGCAGGCACACCUACAGAAGAGCAUUGAGAAAGCUAAAAUUGGCCGACAAGAUACGGAAGAGCGAACUAUGCUACUAAAAGAGCUUGCUUCACUCCGGAACCAAAGAGAACAGUGUAAGGCAGAAGUAGAAAAGUACAAAGAAUGUGACCCACAAGUUGUAGAAGAAAUACGUCAAGCAAAUAAAGUAGCCAAAGAAGCUGCUAACAGAUGGACUGAUAAUAUAUUUGCAAUAAAAUCUUGGGCCAAAAGAAAAUUUGGGUUUGAAGAAAGUAAAAUUGACAAAACUUUUGGAAUUCCAGAAGACUUUGACUACAUAGACUAAAAUGAUGGUGAUGAAGGAACUAUGAGCUAAUGGAUAUGUAAAUGUUAAAUAUUGUCUAACUGUAUUGAAUUGUGUAACUGUAUCACUUUGUAAAUUUUAAAUAAAGUAUAAAAUGAA